AUGGUGAAUACUCAGAAGGGGUCUUAUGUGUCUCAGCAGUUUGAAGACGCACCUAAUGUCACCAUUUCUUCGCCUCCUCUGGGAGAGGCCUCUAGUAGGUUGCAGGAAUCUUUACGACCUGAGUCUGUGCCUGAAGUUGGUGAUUCUUCUGUUCCUGUUUCUCCUGCUAUGCAUGCACCUCGAGCUCCUGAGGUCGUUGUAUCGAAUAUGGAUUCAGAUGAUCAGGAUGAUAAGCUUCCUUCUGAUCCCCCGGGUUCCACUCACUCUCAAGAGAGUUCAUCAACAGAAGGGGUAUUCAUUCCUUCUCUAGGAGGCCCUCGACGUUCACCAGCUAUACCUUUAGGUUAUUCUCCUUCUGUUCACCCUUCUCGAUCAAAAUCACCUGCUUCAAAACCUGAUGCUGUGCCUGCACACAUUUUUGGUAAUACUACUGCUUCACAUGAGGAACAGACUGGUGUAUCUCAAAAUGAAGAUCAGUUUGCUUCGUUUAACCAAGAUGACAUACCUCCUGAAGACAUUCCUCCUCCUACUGAUGAUCCCACUGCUCCAUCAACUGAAGGAAGGUCAAAAUCUCCUAAGGUUUCUCAACCUCCAAAGAGAAAAACUCAACAAGUUAGGAGAAAUAUCACUACCAAAACAGGCAGAAAGAAAAUUCUUGCGAAUAUUUCAUUUGUUCCCAUUGAUGGAAUUUCUUUUCACCACGAGGAAAAUGUUCAACGCUGGAAGUUCGUGGUGCAGCGGAGAAUUGCCAAUGAGCUAAUUAGAGAAUUUAUUGUCAAUCUGUCUGAUGAGUUUAACAAUCUAAGUAGCCCUGAUUAUCAAACAGUUCAUAUUAGAGGGUUCAAAUUUGUGAUUUCUCCUACUAUGAUUAAUGGUUUUCUUGGAAAUAUUGUUGAUAUUGACUGCUCUCCAUCGUGUCCUCCUAUUGAGGUUCUAGCUACUAUCUUAUCUAGUGGGACCUUGUCCACAUGGCCUGUAAAUGGGAUUCUUGCAGCUGCUCUCAACAUCAAAUAUGUCAUCCUGCAUAAGAUUGACAUUGCUAAUUGGUUCCUUUCCUUUCAUGCCUCCAGUAUAUGUGCUGCUUUAGGUACAUUUUUGUAUCAAAUUUGUAAUGAUGAUAAAAUAGAUACGGGUGGAUUCAUUUACAAUCAGUUGUUGAGGCAUGUUGGCUCUUUUGGGGUUAAGGUUCCAAUUGCUCUUUCGCGGUUUUUCUCUAGUCUGCUACUUCACUUUAAUGGAGCUGUGCUUACUGCUACUGAUGCUCCUGAACCUGAACCUAAAACAAUUGCCUUUAGCUACAGACUCUUUCAAGGCAGUCAUGUGCCUGAUAUUGACCAUGAUGUUCAUCCGAAUUGUGGCCCACGUAUUUUUGACACUACCGACUGGGAUGAGUCUGCUGAAGGAUUCUACGUGGAUCGUGAGUUAGCUGCUCGUAUUGUUAAUUCUUUGAUUGUUGAAUCUCGAGCACUGACUAACUCCAUCAAUCUGUUGUCUAAACGUCGAUUAGAGGUUGAUGCUCUCAUUCGUCAUUCGAAGUCUUUGGCACCAUCUACUAGUCGUCAGCAGCCAUCCUCUGGUUAA